CAGAGCUCCACACACACCAGCGACUAACGCACACACACACACACACACACACACACACUCCCUCUCCAAGCCGGACAGCACAGCCCCUGGCCCGGCAGCACGGCAGCGGAGGACACAUCCAGGCUUCCAGAAACAGCAGCCCGCUGUGACAGUGGACCUAACGUCGCCUUACUUUGUGGACAUGGGAGACAUGGGAGAUCCGCCGAAAAAGAAGCGGCUUGUCUCUCUAUGCGUGGGUUGCGGGAACCAGAUCCACGACCAGUACAUCUUGCGGGUCUCCCCUGACCUGGAAUGGCACGCCGCCUGUCUCAAAUGUGCCGAAUGCAGCCAGUACCUGGACGAGUCCUGCACGUGCUUCGUGAGGGACGGAAAGACUUACUGUAAACGGGACUACAUCAGGUUAUACGGGAUUAAAUGUGCUAAAUGCAACAUCGGUUUCAGCAAGAACGACUUUGUGAUGCGAGCCCGUUCCAAGGUCUACCACAUCGAGUGUUUCCGAUGCGUGGCCUGCAGCCGGCAGCUCAUCCCGGGCGACGAGUUCGCUCUGCGGGAAGAUGGGCUCUUCUGCCGAGCCGAUCAUGAUGUGGUGGAACGGGCCAGCCUGGGCCCCGGAGACCCGCUCAGCCCGCUGCACCCCGCCAGACCGCUCCAGAUGGCAGAACCAAUCUCGGCCCGGCAACCUGCCCUGCGGCCUCAUGUUCACAAACAGCCGGAGAAGACCACCCGGGUCCGAACGGUGCUAAAUGAGAAACAACUGCAUACGUUGCGGACUUGCUACAACGCCAACCCGAGGCCCGAUGCCCUCAUGAAGGAGCAGCUGGUGGAGAUGACCGGCCUCAGCCCGAGAGUGAUCCGGGUUUGGUUCCAGAACAAGCGGUGCAAGGACAAAAAGAGAAGCCUGCUUAUGAAGCAGCUGCAACAGCAGCAGCCCAACGACAAGACGAACAUCCAAGGAAUGACGGGAACCCCAAUGGUGGCUGCCAGUCCGGAGAGGCACGACGGCGGCAUCCAGGCCAACCCGGUGGAGGUGCAGAGCUACCAGCCGCCCUGGAAGGUCCUCAGCGACUUCGCUCUGCAGAGCGACAUUGACCAGCCGGCCUUUCAGCAACUGGUCAGCUUCUCGGAGGGAGGACCGGGUUCGAACUCGACAGGCAGCGAGGUAGCGUCCAUGUCGUCUCAGCUUCCAGACACGCCGAACAGCAUGGUAUCCAGUCCCAUCGAGGCCUGAGCAGACGCCGCAUGGACGGACUGAACUGAACACACAGCCCUGUUCAUCCCAUUCCUCCCGACUGCACCAAACAACCCCCUGGUUGUAUUUUGACACUGUGAAGACAAUCAUGGGAUUUUACCACAGCCACCCUUUCUCGUUUCUAUCCAGAAGAGAUGGGCGGAUGCGUCAUCCUGGCCUCUGCUGCCCGGUCACAAGCCUGCUUACAGUUGCCAAAAAGAAAAGACAUCAACCAUCGAUAAAUGGGACCUCUGUAGGAGAGAAAUCUAAAUUCUGUAUUUGCGAAAUACUGCGCUCUACUUUGAAUAAAGAAACAACGACUGAUGAUUUUUUUUAAAAAUUCGAUUCAUGCACUUCAUCAUAUAAUAGACCAUUUGAAGGGAAACAGCACUGCUUUUCUUUAUCUCAUAUGAUUUCCUUCAUGACCCAAAUACUAAAGCAUUUGCAACAAGGUAUACCUCUAUUUUGCCACAAGCUUCGUGGGACAUUUGUGUGAGUUAGUGUCCGUUCAAGAAUAUUUUUUUCUCUCCCAAAGAUGUGUAAAUUAAUAAUAAGUUAAAAAUACGUUAGCUCUGGAAGAAAAUGUUUUGUUCAUUCCCGUGCAACAAAAAUAUUUAUUAUUUAUUGUCGACAAACUUGCCACCUUUUUGUGUAACUUUCUUAACUGAAGUAAAAAGAAAGAAAAAGAA